AGAACGAUGUGGGAGUGAAAAUGUAGGAGAGAAGAGAAGGAGGAAAGUCAGGUGAAGCUCGGUAUGGAGGUACCUUCGGCACGAGGCAAAUGGGUGGCAGAAGGGUGGUUUAUCGACCAGGACGCGAACCUCGAGAAGCUCAGUAUUCGCGGGACCACCACUCCGUUAAAACGGUCGCGCGCUAGACAAACAUUUUCCGUGAUAUCUUUCUCUUCUUUAUUUGCCUUGUAACAAAGAGAGAAAGAAGAGAAGAAUUAAGAAGAAAGAAAUAAUAAAAGAAAUUCAAAGAGAAGAUCAAGGAGUGUCCGAUGCGAGUAUCAUCGAACUUUUAGACCAUCUUUCCUUGGUGAAGCGCGCGAAUUUUACAAAAGGAAUCACGACGUAGAGAUAAAAGCUCUUGCUCAUCAAAGAUGAUUACGGCAUUACCAGUUCCAUCUGUAAAGGUCUUCCACAAAACUUAUUAUCAAGAGAAGGGAACAAGAAUAGGAAACAGCCAACCGGGAAGUCCAUUGGCAGAAAGCGAGGCAGUUUUAGCAUUGGUCGACAAAGAACCUCCUGAAUAUUAUUUUUGUGGAAAGGUAAAUUCUCUCCACGUUGUCGUGGGAUCUUUACUUUUUGGAGCCGUUGUACUCGUCGUCGGGUUAGUUCAGCUUGCACCUGGAGCCGAAGCCGCACAAAAUUCGGCCGUAUUGAUAGCGGCUGGAUGCGGCCUUCUCGUAGUUGGUGUUUUAUUGGCGCCUCUUCGAGCUCUCUGUAUCAGAAGACAAAAGGCUGUUCAAAAGGAGGGUACACAUCAGCGAAGUAUCACCAGCAUAGACAAACUACUUUCUCAAAACAGAGAUUUCACUGUCCUGACACCGGACGAAUUGGAGGAUCUCGUGGGAAGGCCGGCCUCAAGCUUGGAGAACAACAAAACGAGUUCGAAACAAGUUCGAAAUACCUAGGUAUUGUCAGCCUCGAAGAAGGCAAUGCCUUCGUCGCCGACGUGUUCGAACACAGCAUCCUCAUCUACAUCACCAGGAACGAGCUCCUCCAUUCUUUACACUCAUCGUUUCGACUCACGCGAGCACAGUCUCGUUUGAAAGAAAGCUUGAAGGCUUGAUCAAAGAGAGCUUGGAAAUCAUUCGAUCUCCAUUUUAUCGUUUUUUGCUAAAUUGGAAAAGAGUGAUUGGAUUAAAAAGAGAAAAGAAAAUUACGACGACGACGACGACGACGACGAAGCACAUAAAAGGAUAAUUCAUUUAACAAUUAACGUUACUAUAUUCGAUCGUCUAAUGAUUUAUUACUCAAUUUUCUCUGUUAGUAUUACGCAUCUAACGUGUGAUACUAUCUUCGUUUACGACCAAUUGGCGUCUUACUUGAUUAUUAUUAUGGUUUCGGGUCCAACGUGGAAAAACGUACGUUUCUGAUAUAUCGAUCUAUUAUCGGCACAUUCGUAUUCCCAUUGGUAUAUAAACCGAAUCGUUCUACGUCAAACGAUGCAAUAUUAAUUAAUGCAAUAUUAUUAAAUUCUCAACAUUGUAUUUUUUACGCCGAUGAAUAUAAAAAAAAAAGGAAAAAAAAAUUCUCUUCUACGAAAGUUUCGAAAUUUUAUCCCAAUUAUUUCCAAAUUGAUGAGACUUUUUUAUUAGAUAAUAUUAUUUUUACGCAGCUCAAUUAAAUCAACAGACAAUUAAAAUUUCACAAUAAUUCAAGUGAAAAAGUUAAAAUAAUGUAAAUCAGUUAAUUGUAAGAUAAACAGAAUUGAGUAAGUCUAUAAUAUUAUUAAUAAUAAAAAUAAUAAUAAUAAUAAUAAUAAUAAUAAUAAUAAUAAUAAUAAUAAUAAGCACGCAGGGGCCUAAGCCUAAUACCUAUCAAUAAUUUAGCUUAUGAAAUAACGGGGAUAAUUUAUAAAUUGCAUAAAUAAAUCGUUUCCUUGCAUUUGAAGUCAUAAACAUUUCAUCGUUAAAUCAUAAAUGCAGUCAGCUGUUAUUUCAGAAUACUCAUCAAUUCAGAAUGAUCUAUGAAGAUAAAAUUAGAUUCAAUCAAAACAUAGAGCCCACUAAAGUUGGCAAGUUUAACUUUUGAAAUCGAUUGAAAAUCGAAUCGAUUGACGUAGAAUGGCUCGGACAGAGAAACGAUACGUCGAUGAUUUAAGAUAAUUUGAGAUUAAAGAGCGGGUUUUUUUUUUCUUUCCUUCAAAAAAGAAUUCAUUACAUAAAAUAAAGUCGCUUUAAUAUCGUCAUCAUUGAACGCGAAUAUUCACGAAUGAAAUUUCUUUUUUGAAGAAAAGAAGAAAAGGGAAAAAAGUAACGCGCUAAUUUGGCAAGGGUAGUCAAUGAUCGACCAAUCAAAGAUUGACUUCCCUUCGUCGUACGUUGUUCAAGUUGCGGUCCACUCUUUGUGUUCCAAGAAAAAAAAAAGGAAAAAAAAAAGAAAAAUAAAAUGUAUCAAAAAAAAAACAAAAAAAA